AUGGUUGCCAAAACCACCGCUUCUCCACAACUCAUCAGCGCAGGAGGUCGCAAGAAGCCACAGGGGAUUCAUAAAAAGGCGCCCAAGAAACUUUGGGUUGUCAAGCUGCAGCGUAUUCCGUACGGAUUCUUCGAGCGAGAGCUGCUCGGAUAUUUCCGCCAGUUUGGAAAUGUUCUUAGAAUCCGUGUCGCCAGAAGCAGAAAGGUUUCAGAAGCCAGUAAAUUACACAUUAUCACAAAAUUAUUCAGACUGGGAACCACAAAGGCUGGGCGUACGUCGGAUUCGACGACAAAUCGGUUGCCGAAAUUGCCGCCGAAUCGAUGGAUGGAUAUCUGAUGUUCGAACAACGUAUCCGCUGCAAAAUGAUGAAGCCGACACUGAUUCCGAAGUCAAUGCUCAAAGGUCCGCUUCUCGUUAUGCCUCCAUCUCACAAGGGAAUCGCCAAAAAGGACGCUAUCGCCAGAAACAAAACCACCGGCAAAAACGACAAGAAGAACGCAGCAGCCCGCUUGAAUAACCUGGUUAAGCACUUGGAAAAUUUGAAGAACAUGGGAAUUGAGUACGAUUUUCCGAUUGGAGGCGCUGCUCAGAAAACUCCGGUCAGGAAGAUCGUCGAUGACGAUGUUCAGGUCAUUGCCACGCCGAAGAAGUCAGCUACCCCGAAAGCGAUCACUCCGAAGGCGACCCCACAAGUUACUCCAAAUCAAAAGUAAACUUGAUUUGAUUUUUAUCAUGUUUUGUAUUUAUUAAUGUAAUUUUCAGGCAGCCAGCCACGACAAAAGCUGCUACUCCAAAGCCUGCUACUCCGAAGGCUGCCACCCCAAAAGUUGCUACUCCGAAGCAAAAGUGAGCGAAUUUCUUGUUGAUUUUUGUUCUUUCACUAACAAUUUUCAGUAAGCCAACUUCACCGAAGGCUCCAACUCCGAAGCCAGAAACUACGAAGGCUCAGCCACCGGCCAAAACUCCGAGAGCUUCUGCUCUGAAGAAGGCCGCCGCAACCGCUUCGACGCCGGUGAUCGGUAAGAAGGUUGUAAUCUCGGAGGCGGUCAAGACUCCGCAGACAGAGAAGAUCAAGAAGGUGGAGAACACGCCAAAGUUUUCGCCAAAAACUCGCGCCGCAAAGGCUGCUGCUGCUGGAACUCCAAUCGUCAAGUCCACUCUUUCGAAGGUACAAAAAGCCGAUUCAUUUGAAAACCAAUAAGUAAUUUCCAGACAAUCCUGAAGUCAGUGGCCGCCAGUGCGCGUCCAGCUGUUGUGGAGAAGAAGCCGGUGAGGGCUGGACGUGGAAAGAAGAAGAGCCUUUAA